GCAUCGUCGUCCUAAGUGUUGAGCAAAUUAAUUAAGGUGAAGGGGAGAGUUUUAUCGCCAAAGCCGUUAAGCGACAGCGCGUGCCAGCUGAAGCGCGGGCGGAUAUACACUGUACCGGCGGAAGGGAUUAUCCCAUUCUUUGCUGGUGGUAGGGUCCGUUUGCUUAAUAGUGUUACACUUGAAAGGAUACUUCCUGAAAAGUCCAUUCAAGUGUAGCUUGCUUUAGACGUUUAAGUAGAACAAAUUAAAAAACUCUUCCCCGGUUGGUGCGCGCGCACCCGGCACCAUCCACAUUAUACAAAUUUGAUUCCUCAUAUACGUCAGACCGUUCAGCGCCCCGGCGACGACAUUUAAAAACCGUCCCCGUUGCGCGGCUGGUGCGGAUCAUUUAGUUUUAAGUUUGAGAGAGCCCCGGCAAUCCCACUUGAUCAUUUAUCCAUCUAUAUAUUUGCCUACUUAAGUGAGCCCGCUGGGAGAUUGAUUUAUAUUCCCUAUAUCCGCUAUUGCAUUUUAUUGGUCUUUUGGAGAUUUCUCCUUUUUGACUUUCAUAUCGUUCAAGUACCGUAUAUACCGCCAUAAUGUCACUUAUGUCCACGGUUUCGGUGGUGGUCUGCGCCGUGCUUCUCAUCUGCUCGCUGGUCUGUGUGCAGGGUCAGUUUUUCACCAAAACCGACAAGGCAGUGCCACGCAUCGGACGCCGGAUGGAUCCACAGCUGGUCAACAACGGACAACUCCUGGCGGAUAUACCGAUUAGUCAAGAUUUACACGAUCAGCCCUUCCUUUACGCUAAAUUAGCCAGUAUUAACGACGCCCGUCGGUGGGAUCCGGUGAGCUUAUACGAUGGAUUUCCCGCGCGAAUGAGCAGAGUGGGACGCCGGUGAAGUGCCGCUAAUACUGUCUGUACAGCCUACAGCACAUUAUUCUCAUACAGUCACGACGUUUUAUUCCAGGAAUAUUAUGACAGUGCCUGCUGGAAUGGCCUACACCUAUACCAAUUAUAACUUGAGAGAAAUUAUUAUUGUUUUCGAUCUAGAAUAAAUGGAUAUCCAAGGGUGCUUUUUUAUUUCAUAUACCUAGAAUUAUACCAUUUGGCUGCGGAAUGGCUCGGUAAUUCGCAAAAUAAUGUUUCUAUUUUACAUUUAAUUUAUCGCAUGAAUGCAUGCUUAUCAAGUUAUCAUCAUGAUGAUGUCAGUAAGAUAGUGAAACUGCGUUUUCAUCAUUCCCUGAUCCCUUGAGACCGUUUUAUACUGAUGCCUGUUCAUUUACAAGAGUUAUACACUAUUCAAAGUUGCUGCUGUUAAAGUUAGUCUGUUACUAAUUUUAGAUUAAUCUGCGGAAAUUCUGAUUGUUUUUAAAUACGAUCCCGGGUCUGGGCAAUAACUGUGUACUCGUAUUAUGGCUCGUGGAAAUUCUGUGCUGCACAUGAUGGUAAACCGAUAAAGCUGCUGCUGCUGGG